AUGGCUUCUCAGCACAGAGAAUCACUUAAGACCAAUACACAAGAAAAUGACCAUGUUUUAAAAAACAUGGACUUUAUACCAACCAAAGAUUCUUCUGUGCACCAGGAAGAAGACACCUCUAAGUUCGCAAUGUCUGAACUCAACAUUCCCACACAAGGCAAUUGCUCCUCCUGUGCAAAGCAGGAGUUACAAAACCUCUGGGAAAUGUUCACCUCCUGGCUGCAGCCAGAGAAGCAGACCAAGGAGCAGAUGAUUGCCCAGCUUGUUUUAGAACAGUUUCUGAAAACUGGGCACCACAAGGACAAGACUGCCAUGAAAGAGAAGUGGGAAGCAAGUGGCAGAAACAUGGGGAGAUUCAUGGAGGGUUUAACGGAUGACUGCUUGAAGCCUCCAGACAUGGUCCAUGUGUCUAUGCAGGGAGAGGAAGGACUCUUCCCUGCACAUAUGGCGUUGAGUGAAGUAAUCACGCUUCUGAAAUCACUUCAGUCAUCAACAGUAUCAACACAAGAGAUUGCAGGAUCACACUUACAGAUGUCCCCCAACACUUUAUUAGCAACAAGUGAGUAUCAGGAAGGUGCACAGAAGAGGGGUGUUGGGUGGCGACCCCUUCUUGGGCACGCUUUCAUAGACUGUCUUGUUUGCACAGGAUGUGAACACAUUGAAGAUGGCUACAACAAUCCUCUAAACCUUUGCAAAGAAAAUAGCAGCGAUAGUAGUCCUGGAAAUGAAAUGGAUUCCAUUUUCAUUAUUCUUAAGGAGAAAUGUCCUGAACCAGAGCAAGGAAGUGUCUCUGAUGGAAUCCCUUGGGAUUCCAGAAGUUCACAUCAAGACUCUCCCAGGUACCAUGAAGUUUCUCAGAGGGCAUCGUCUUCUGAAGCUGUCCCCAAGGAGGAACUAAAAUCAGAGACUAUGGAUCCCAUGGAACAUGUGGAAGCAGAGAUUAUCAAGAGGCCAGAACAGAUUGAACACUGUCAGAAAUGUGAGGCCAACCGCACAUGUGAGGUUCACCAAGAGAGACUCCACGGAGUGCCAAAGACAUAUAAAUGUGACCAAUGUCCCAGAAGUUUCAAGUACCCUUCAAUACUUUCAGUUCACCAGAGAAGGCACAAAAAGGAGAGGUCCUUUUUUUGUAACAAGUGUCACAAGGGCUUCUAUAACCUCUCGGACCUAAAUGUCCAUUCAGUCACCCAUGAAGGAAUGAAACCUUUCGCAUGUAACACAUGUGGGAGAUCUUUUAGCCAUAAAACCAAUCUCCUAGCGCACGAGAGGAUUCACACAGGAGAGAAGCCCUACAACUGCUCCAAGUGUAACCACAGUUUCCGGCAGUCUUCAACGUAUCACCGUCACAGGAGGAAUUGCCACAAAUCAGACUGA